UUUUCAACUUCAAUUUUCAUCCUCCGAGGACAUGUUUAAUUAAAUAUUCUUAGAAAAGUUAAUUUUAUAUAAGUUUUCUGAAAUAAAUAAUUUAUUUUAGAAAAUAAGAUAAAAUUUUAUUUAUAAAAAUGAAUAAUUUAUCCACGAUAAAACGCACAUUUAUACGAGACCAAUUCCGAAAGAGGUAAAAAGGUAAGCGAACUAGCGAAGCUGAGCCGUAAUCAGUCGCACGAAAAGCAGCUGUGCAUUUGGGGGUGAAGAAGAGCUCUGUGGAACAUACAAAAACACGAUGAAGAUUAAAGGGCAAGUUGAUACUAGGUUAGUGAUCAACAAUCUGAGACAUGGCUUGCAUAAUUUACCCGCUUCUGGGAUGAGAAUAUCUUUAGUUGCUUUACUCGGUGCUGCUGGGGCAGUCUUGAUUUUGAAAGAUGCUAUAGCAAGAAACUUUAAGAUUGUGCCUUGCUCUACUAGUCAAGACAACUUGUUGGUUGUUCCUGGAUUGCAAAAUCUCGGAAAUAAUUGUUUUCUUAAUGUUAUUUUACAGGCUCUGGCGAGCUGUUCUGGUUUUCGGGGCUUUGUUCGAAAGAGAGUGGCGGAGCACCAAGGCUUUUCUGCUGAGGAACUGGAAGAGAUUAUGCCGCUUGCUGUUUCGUUGGAUUCUCUGUUGGAAGACAUGUGUACUCCCCAACAUGAAAUAAAGGUCCUGAGUCCCCUGAAAGUGAUGAUGGCAAUUAACUACUAUAAUCAGCAUUUCAAUUUGACAAACCAGCAGGAUGCUGAAGAAGCAUUCCUUCACAUAUUGUCUUCCUUAAGGGAAGAACUUGUAGAGCUGUAUGUAUACGAUUAUGGAUCACUAGCAGAUGCAGUUUGUUUGGUUGAUAAUAGGAUUCUUGGUCUUGAGAGUAGGGCCACACAAAUUGAGCUUCAAAGAUGGAAAGAAUACAGCCUUGGGCCUUUUGAUGGGAUUCUUAGGAGCAUUUUAACUUGCCAUAGCUGUUCAAAUCAGAUUUCCCUUGAUUUUCAUUAUUUCCACAGUCUGCACCUCCCAGUGAUGGCCGGAUCUUCUGUGGAAGGGUGCCUAAAGCAUUUUUUUGCUGCAGAAAAACUUGAUGAUUACUUCUGCAGCCGCUGUUGGCAUAUUGCGGCAGUAAAAUAUCUAUCCAUAACUAAUAAAUAUAAGAAAGACACUGUAGAAGUUGGAAACUGUAGCAAUCAAGAUUCUUGUGAUUGCAGAAAUCUCUCUAUGCUUCGAGCCUUACCAUGGUCGAAUAGUUAUUCACGAACUUUAAAGCAACUGAACGUGGCACGUAGCCCAGAGAUUUUGUGCCUGCAUCUACAACGUGUUUCACCGAAUAUGUUUGGAGAGCUUUUUAAGUUUCAGGGACAUAUUUCUUUUCCAUUGACUUUGAACAUGUCCCGGUUCAUGAAUAGUGGAGGUGGUUUAAAGAGCUGCAUGGAAGAAGAUAAACCUGUGUGGCCAUCAAAACCAUAUUGUCAACCUGCCUUCACUUUCUUUGAAAAACAUGACAUGCAAAUUGAUACGAUCAAAAUAAAUCAUACGGUUGGACAAACAGAGAUGACUUCUUUAAUUCCAGAACAAAUACAAGCUCCAUGUGGGGUUCCCAAAAACACAUGUACCGGAGGUGAAGAAGGUUUGUCUGACCAGCUGGAUGAUAAAGGCAUCCAAGAUUCUCAAGGACGACCAAAUUUAUCCUCUAUUGGAGGUUACUCUGGCAUCGGUGCUGAUAAUGCACUUUUGCAAUCCAAUAAAAAGAUAUGGAUACAGAUUCAGAUUUUCAUAUACAGGCGGAUCCAUUUCCGAAAUAUCCGUUUAGAAGCCCCCCUACUUCACGAUGACGGAGGGGUUUAUACUUUAUAGCACAUGGCCCCUGCAGAGAAAAGCUUAUCUCAGGGAAUGCAAGAUGCUCAGUUCUGCACAACAUAAGAAUUGUCAUGCUUCUGGGGAAAACAUAGAAAGUGUCUUUAAGAAACAACCCUUCUAUUCCUGGGGAGUGUGGCCUGCAUAUAUUCUGCUGUCCACCGACCCUACUUUGGAAUGAGGCAUACCGGAUAUGUUUGGUUUGGUUUGUUACGAAGUGUAGCAUAACCAUUUAUAUCUAUCAUCUUAGAACUGAUUUUAAAUCCCUGUUUGAAAAAUAACUUAAAAUUUUUGUUACUGUUGUCCCAGAACACAUAAAUUUAGUUAUAGAUGCAUGUACUUAAUUUAU